CGCCGCCCUUCUUCGUUGUCCACACGCGACCGAAAUCAUUGGGCGCAACACUGAAUCCACCGUGCAGCUUUUGGUGCGGCAGGUGCCAUGCCUCAGAACGCCAAUAAACCUGGAGCAGCUGUCAAAACUUGCGGUAAAUGUAAUCGGACAUUUACCAAAGGCGAGCAUCUUCGGCGCCACGACCGCACGCACAACAACGACAAGCCAUUUGUGUGCACUACUUGUGGGAAAGCUUUUGGCCGAAAUGACACAUUGCAGCGCCAUCAUAAAACUCAUGCCGAUUCUCAGACUGCAUCGACUCCAGGGAGCACAAGCAACCCUGCAAAGUCGACUCACGCUGAUCCAGUCAGUCUUGCUUUUUGGACCGACCCAGGGGAGCAUCCCUUACCAGACCAACCAAACCACGGCGACUCAGCCCUGCUCAGCCAUGGCUUCAACGAGCGAAGCUCAUCGAUGGGAACCUUUCCCAUAAUGGAUAUCAAUGUGGAAGCACAAUUUCCUCUAGCCACCGAAGUACCAUUGACAAUGCCUACCUUCGAAUUUCCUGCCGGCCAGAUAGAGCACUCCUCGGGAUGGGACACCCUACCCGCAGAACUUCAUUUUCCACCAUGGAUGGCUGAUGCCGAGUUUGAUGUAACCGCAGUGAACUCGUGGGUGGCUUCCACCCUUGAUCCGAACCAGGCGACAUUCGAUCGAGGGCAGCCGUGGGGACUACCACCGCCCGUCCAGAAUCAGCACUCCGACCCAAGCACUCACGAAAGGCCUAAUCAGUCCAAAAGAAAUACUCCUUCGGUGCCACCCGUCUCUCCUGCAGGUACAAUUGUCCAACAGCAAUCUGUAUCCGACAACCGGUUCAGUCAUGCCAGAAGGCGUGAAAGCUCCGUCAGCGAUGAUAACGGCAGCCAAGCCGGAUCGAACAUCAAUAAGGUGCAUGCAGAUGCUAAUGAUGCAGAGGUUGACGAAGUAUAUCGUACACGACUGGCGAAGCAGGUCCGCUCCAAAUGGACAGGAGGUCUACUUCCAUCUACCGAUUUCCUUAACUUAUGUGUACAACUCUACUUCACCAAAUUCGGCGAUAUCUUCCCGCUAAUUCACCGCCCUUCUUUUCGUACCUCGGGAGAAAACUAUAUUCUUCUCCUCUCCAUGUGUUCUCUCGGUAGUCUGUUCGUUGGCGCAGACGAUGCCAAAGCGACGGGCCGGAAGAUGUUUGAGAAGCUCAACAAAAUCGUGCUAGCAUCAUGGGAGAAACUGGUGGGCAUUAGCAGGAUAGAAAAAGUGGCCAUUGUGCAGGGUGGCCUGAUCGCGCAGUCGUAUGCACUCUUAUCUGGGGUACGAGAACACUUUGCAAUUGCAGAGGCUUUUCAUGGUCUGGUUCUCUACUGGGCUCGAAGCGCCGGCACGUUUCAAGUGGAACCCUUAAUUCCAAAUGUCCAUGAAUUGGCCUCGUUACCGGCUCCACAACUCGACAAGGCCUGGAGAAAUUGGGCAAGGAAAGAAGCGACGAAGAGAGCGGCAUUGUGUAUGGUAAUCCAAGACGCCGAGCUUGCGUUCCUUGUGCAUCACGAAACAUGUAUUCGUCCCGGUUCGAAUGCGCUUCAGCUCGCCUUUGCGCCGGCUGUCUUUUCAGCGCCCGACGCCGCCACAUGGCUCAAAGCGCUAGGAAACACAGAGACCCCCCAGGGCACUUACAGAGAUUUGCAGCGCCGGCUUGCCCUCUCACAGCCCCUCAAUGUGCCCGCCACGGGCCUGUACUCCCUCUACGUUGUGCUUGCGGAAAUUGGUGCUGCUGCGUGUGAUGAAAGAGCAUGCGGCAACCUUCACCAAGAAAGCAUUUUCGGGAAUUUCUCAACACGGCUCAGUUGCUGGUACAGAAAUUACGAACAAAUCGUACAUACGGACCAAGAGGAUCCCUUCUGUCUCACGAUAUAUUGGCAUUCCAUAUUCUUAUACCUUUGUGUGGAUGUGUCCAGACUUGAAAGCGCAGUGGAAGUAGACUCGGCAGCGUCGGGGCCGGCGAACUCGACCGUCGAAUCUGUGGAAUAUACCAAAACUUGGUUGGCUAGCAGCGCCGCCAAACGCGCAGUCAUGCAUGGGUUCUUGAUCCAUCAACUACUCGGCCGCAGAAGGCUGGACCAAGAGCCAGCCAUUCACGUCCCCCGGGCAGUCUUUCACGCGGCCCUGGUUUUGUAUUGCUACAUUCAGUUUUCUCCGGUCCAAGGCGUCCCAGACACAGCCCUGCCGGCAGCGGAAGCAGACCUGAACUUUCCUGAGAUCAAGCUCCUUGGACAUAGUCCAUCGCGGAUCCUACUUGAAGUCAAUGGGUUUCAACCAGAGAGAUGUUCGCUGCAUGUUACCACCGUGCUGUGGUCAAUGCAUGAUCUCUUGGUCAGGGUUGGGCACUGGGGAAUUUCCAGAGAGUUUGCACGCACGUUGAGGCUGCUUAUUUCAGGCAGUCGCGGCGCAUGAAUAGUCUUUUGUUAGAUGG